CUUUAGUGACGACCACGGCAGUUAGUAGUACAGACCACAUUUUCCUUUCUCUACACUCAUCAUCAACUCACUCCUCGCCUCGCAGCGCCGGCGUCGUCAUCUUCGGAGAAGGCACCGGUCGUAGACUUCCAGUGCGGUUAUUGGGGACCUCCGUAAGGUGCAGAAGUGCUAUGGAUACACAUGAUUGGAGGGCUCAAUUACUGCCUCAUAUUCGCCAAAGCAAAGUCGAUGAAAUUUAGAUUGGAAACAUUGAGAAGACAUCUUCCUGUUUCUGGCCAAGAUGGAUUAGAUGAACUUCGUAAAAUUGCUGCAAGAUUUGAGGAGAAGAUUUACGAUGCAGCAACGAGCCAGCCUGAUUAUCUUCGGAAAAUAUCCUUGAAGAUGCUGACAAUGGAAGCUAAAGGCCAGAACACCAUAGCAAACCCAAACCCUAUGCCAUCAAACUUUGGUGACAACAGGGAUGGUCCUUCAGAUACAGGUUCUGCUUGGGAGGUUCAAGUGCCGGAAAGGGAGGUGAUAUGAUCAGAAGGAGAAAGAGAAAUGCUUGAGUAAGACAAUAUGUAAUAAAAAGGAAGCAAUCACAGUGACUAAUUGACUUUGUCAUCUAUUGAUAGCUCUUUUGUUAUGAUACUCAUUUCCUCAAACCAUUGCAAAUGAUGAGGACUAAAUGUUUGUGAUGACAAUAUUUUAUUUGAAUUCAAGUGUUUUCUGUAUCUGUAGUGUAUGGUUAUGCAAUAUUGUCUUAUAAGGCCUCUGGCGUAACUUGAAGGAAUGUGCUCGAAGAAGAUUUGGAGUGACUUCUCUGGACCCAGAAAGAAAGAUUUUUUUUUUUUUAAUUCCAGAAAGAAUUUUGUUGUGCUGAUGUUUUCCUUCUCAA